AUGGCAAAGGAGAAGGAGAGGAAGGGAGCAGGUUCGAGAGAUCGUCGCCUUGGGGCAGAUGGGGGCAGUUGCGAGCCGCAGCAAGCGCUAAACUCGGAAGGGGCCAUCUUCGGAGAGAGGGAAAGCUUCCCAUGCUCCCUUGAUUCCCCUCCGAGCAGCGUGGCAGACCUCUCGACUUCGCAAUCUCAGCUGCAGCUGGCUGCAAACGUCUCACAGACCCCUGCUGAUGACUCCCAGUCUCCCCAAGAACGGCUGUUGCCAGCUGCACCCCACGCCAUGCCGCCGUCCACGCGAGCAUCUGAAGCAACAGGAAGGCACAGACAGCCCAGAUGCAGCAGCAGCAACAGCAACAGCAACAGCAGCAGCAGCAGCAACAACAACCGCAACAACAGCGCUUCCGCUUCACACCCAAUAACUCUCUCUUGCUGGAAUGCUGCUGAAUGCAGCGCCGCUUCAGCAGCAGCUGAAGCAGUCGCAACAGACGAGCCGACCUGCAGAUCUUCUCCGCAGGAGCAGAGUUCCCCCACAACGGUGGCUGAAGUGCUUCGUGCAGCAGCGGCACAGGGUGUAGCUGCUGCUUGUGGAUCAGACAGUAGCUAUGGUGAAUCGCGAGUCGCAGUCUCAGCAGUCACAGCAGCAGCAGCAGCAGCAGCGGCGCCCAGGCGGCAUGCGCAAGAACGCGAGCAGCAGCAACAGCAACAGCAGCAGCAGCAGUAGCAGCAGCAGCAGUAGCAGCAGCAGCAGGAGUGAUGCAGCAGUGUGGAGUGCUUAUACAACCCGGCGCUGAGUUUGUCCUUCUGGGUAGGUAGCGAGAGGACAGACAAAAAACGGUGUUCUUCUUUCGAGGAGAAAGCCGCUUUUGUAGGCGGGAAAAUGGAAAGGCGGGAUAGGGGGAAAGGGGUAGGGGGGCGAGGGUGGGGAGGGAGUUGUCUGGCAGUUGCUCAUGCAGUUUCUCUUUAUUGUAUGGUUCCUCUCAAGAGUCCAUGCAUCUUUGAACUUCGCCUUAAAAUGCGAUUAAGGGAGGGAUGGAAACGCGGGGUAGGAAGAGGACGCGGUGGACUGACUCCAGAUGUUUCACGUGUGGAUGGUGGUUUAUCCAAGUGCCGGCAAAGUGCUGUUUCGGGAGAGGGUUCUACUGACGUUGCGGGGUUGGAUGCGGAUCGUUUCUACGAAGAGCACGCUGCUCCUGUUGCUCGAACUGCAGCUGGUAGCCUUUGGUAUAUAGCGAUGCAUUCAAAGGGGGUCUUGGCUGGGCACUGA